AAAGAGCCAACAUGGCGGAGAGUGAGAGCCUGGAGACUAUCACUGAACAUGAGCGUAUAUUACAGGAGAUCGAGAGCACGGACACGGCGUGCGUGGGCCCGACGCUCCGAUCUGUGUAUGAUGAUCAGCCUAACGCACAUAAAAGGUUUAUGGAGAAACUUGAUGCCAGAAUACGCAACCACGACAGAGAGAUCGAGAAAAUGUGCAACUUCCAUCAUCAGGGCUUCGUCGACGCUAUCACAGAACUGCUGAAGGUCCGGGCAGAUGCGAAGAAACUGAUGGGCCAAGUGAGCGACACCAACAGAAGACUUCAAGACGCCGGACGGGAGGUGACAGUCCAAACGGAAGAGGUCAUCCGCUGCCGGGUUCAACAGAGUAACAUGGCCACCACGGUGGAGAAAUUACAGCUCUGCAUCCCCGUCUUGGAAAUGUACAGCAAAUUGAGGGAGCAGCUUGAAUCAAAAAGAUACUAUUCAGCUUUGAAAACCAUGGAGCAGCUAGAAAACAUUUAUAUUCCCAGAGUUAGUCAGUACAGAUUUUGCCAAAUUAUGGCUGAGACACUUCCUAAACUCAGAGAGGAGAUAAAGGAGAUCUCCAUGUCCGACCUGAAAGACUUCCUGGAAAGCAUCCGCAAACACUCUGACAAGAUUGGUGAAACUGCAAUGAGACAGGCUCAGCAGCAUCGUACAUUUAACAGUGCAGUACAUAAGCAGGUCACUCUGAGCUGUGCUAAACCUCUCUACGGUCUGAAUGGCCGAACAGCCCUCCAUCAUAAUGGUCUGAUCACAGAGGAGACAGUAGAUGAAGAGGAGACUGAUGAGGAGGUUUUGACUGUGCAGGAUCUGGUGGAUUUCUCGCCUGUCUACCGAUGUCUUCACAUCUAUGCUGUUUUGGGGGACAGAGAGACGUUCGAAAACUACUAUAGAAAGCAGAGAAAAAAGCAAGCGAGACUAGUACUGCAGCCUCAGUCUAACAUGCAUGAGACUGUGGAGGGCUACAGGAAGUACUUCAAUCAGAUUGUUGGGUUCUUUGUGGUGGAGGAUCACAUAUUACACGCCACACAAGGUCUGGUGACACGAGCCUUCACCGAUGAGCUGUGGAACAUGGCCCUGUCCAAAAUCAUAGCAGUUCUCCGCACACACUCUUCAUAUUGCACUGAUCCUGACCUGGUCCUAGAACUAAAAAACCUGAUAGUUAUAUUCGCAGAGACUUUACAGGGUUAUGGUUUCCCAGUGAACAGACUUUUUGACCUUUUGUUUGAGGUUCGAGGUCAGUACAAUGAAACAUUGCUCAAGAAAUGGGCACUGGUGUUCAGGGAGAUUUUUGAGCAGGAUAACUACAGUCCCAUUCCAGUGGAUACUGAGGAGGAGUAUAAAUCAGUUAUCAAUCGAUUCCCCUUCCAUGAUGCAGAGAUAGAAAAGCAACAAUUUCCAAAGAAGCUGCCCAUGUCUCAAUCAGUACCUCAGAUCUACUCUCAAGUGAAGGAGUUUAUUUACGCCAGUCUGAAGUUCUCAGAGUCACUCCAUCGCAGCUCAACUGAAAUUGACGACAUGCUCAGAAAAUCCACAAACCUGUUGCUAACAAGGACGCUGAGUUGUUGCUUACAAAACCUCAUUAAAAAAACACACAUCGGGUUGACUGAGCUAGUUCAAAUUAUCAUCAACACCACCCACUUAGAGCAAGCGUGUAAAUACCUGGAGGAUUUUAUCACAAACGUCACCAAUGUUUCCCCAGAAACAAUUCACACCACAAGACUCUAUGGGCUUUCCACCUUCAAGGAUGCCAGGCAUGCAGCUGAGGGCGAGAUCUAUACCAAACUCAAUCAGAAAAUCGACGAGUUCUUUCAACUGGCUGAUUAUGAAUGGGGCAUGGCAGAGUCAGAUGGCAGGGCCAGCGGUUACCUCAUGGAUCUCAUUAACUUCCUGCGCAGCACCUUCCAGGUCUUCACACAUCUCCCAAAUAACAACAAUGAUCAUGCUGCCAUGUCGGGUAAGGUAGCGCAGACGGCAUGUAUGUCUGCCUGUAAGCACCUGGCCACUUCACUGAUGCAGAUGCUGUUGGACACUGAACUCAAGCAGAUCAGCAUGGGAGCCAUUCAGCAGUUCAACUUGGAUGUCAUACAGUGUGAACUGUUUGCCAGUUCCGAGCCCGUGCCAGGAUUCCAGGGGGACACGCUGCAGUUGGCCUUUAUUGACCUCCGACAGCUUCUAGAUCUGUUCAUGGUGUGGGAUUGGUCCACAUACCUGGCAGACUAUGGACAGCCCACCUCAAAAUACCUGCGGGUGAACCCCUCCACCGCUCUUGCACUUUUAGAGAAGAUGAAAGACACAAGUAAAAAGAACAACAUCUUCUCACAGUUCAGGAAGAAUGACCAUGACAGGCAGAAACUUAUCGAGACUGUGGUGAAGCAGUUGAGAAGUCUGGUGAAUGGCAUGUCACAACAUUCUUAGAGUCCUUCAUAUUCACUCCAAACACUGGCCUGGCUUUAAAGGUAUAGUUCACCCAAAAAUGCUAAAUCAGGUUUGGAACACAUAAGGGUGAGUAAAUGAUGACAGAAUUUUCAUUUUUGGGUCAACUGUCCCUUUGUAACCUAUAAACUAUAUUCAAAUCUUUGGUCCUCGCUGUAAAAUAAAAAUUCUUAGGCUGUUCAAAGUAAUGUGGUGUAUUUUGACAACUGCAUUGAGGAAUGCCAAAAUGUAUCACUCCAGAAUAAUAAUGUAUAUAAUAGGGAUAAUUUGAGAAAAGAAAACCGAAGAGAAGUUAUGCAGUAAUUUUUUGUAAUGUAUUUUUAAAGCUUGAGAAUUAUGUUUUGUACAUUGUGAAAGUGCAAAGAUUCUAACACUACACUUGAGGUGUGUAUAUGACUGGUGACAUGUCCAAAUAUGAUACUGAUGGUCAUAUUGCAACCUGUAUGAAAUUGUAGUGUAAUAUGGAUAAAGUUUUUAAAUGUAAAUAUUUUAAAAUAUCUUUAACACGGCUAUGGAAUCAUGCUUUCCAUUGGUCGCCUUGAGUGAAAUUCGAUUCAAAUAAGGGAACUUAUAACAACAUUUGCAUGCCAAUGCUUCAUUUUCGUUCUUUUGAAGUUACAUUUUGGUCUCAAUUUUUCCUUUAAAGUGCUAAAAUGUAUGUGCAUAAACCAUUUCCUAGGUAAAAGAAUCUAAAAUUGUCAAUUAUGUUUCACUGAAUGAUGUACAAAAUGCAACACAGAAUUAUAUUUAAUUUUCGUUUUCUCAGGGUGAAAUGAAGCUUUUAGUGUAAACGCUUUAGAAUGUGAUUUUAAGAACUAAAUAAGCAAUAAUUGGUCCAGUUACAGACUCUAUUCAAGAGUAAUUCAUUAUUCACACUGGUUUUGUUUUUUGUUUGUUUGUUUUUUUGCCUAAUUUACUUUCAGCUGGCAUUUUGCACUGAAAAUUAUUUAAGUUUGCCUUUAAACAAGCAAAUAUAUGCUUAUGUAUUUAAAAUACCAUUGUAUAUACCACAAUAUUUUGUUAAAAUGGGGAAAAAAUGGGAUGUAAAGAUAAAAAUGGGUAAGAGUAUUUAAUCUAUUCCCUAAGCAGAACUAAACAUAUAUUAUUACAUUUGUCAUUAUCUGUAAGGGUGUUUUUCAUAUUUUGUUUCCCUGUAACAACACUAAUAUAGGUGACACUUUAAAAUAACUCAAAACUUUAAAAACGUUCUUUACAAACCAGUAGUUGAUAUGCCUUAAAAUGUGAAAAUAGGAAAAAUAAAAGAAAGAGUCACGACAUUUUAGCUAUUUAAAUAUGUGUUAUCUAUUGAUCUUCUAAGCAUUAUAAAUGUUAUGUAAUAAGGUUUGUUAAUAUUAUUAAAGGAAGUUAUUAUAAAAAAAGUUAUUAUAAAGUGUUACCCUGAAAUUCAACAUUUCGAUGAGACUUACAGAAUCAGAAUUUCCCCAAAUCCUUCUCUGGCAUUUUUAUUUUUAAAUGUUUUAUUUGUUUGCUUUAAUAAAAUAUUAUUA